CCAGCCAGCCAGUCCAAGAUGGCGUCCAAACCCUGAAAUCAUCUGGCAUCGCGGAAAACCCGCGGGAAUGACCCGAUUAGUAUGCGUUCUCCUAUCGUCGAACGCAAUAAAGUACUUGCUAACCUACAAUGUGUGUGUGGCUUGCUUCAGCCGUGCUGGGGAAUUUUCGCCCUGUGUUGUUCUGAAUGGGGUUCGCUGUGCUCGGUUCGUACUGACAGGACCUCAGGCAAUGUUCGUCAGUACGGCCCUCGCACUAGGUUAUUAAGAGGUGAAUACUGAAAAUAAUUUUUAGGCUAUCCCAUAGGCCCUCCACAUUAUAUUUACAAAUGCUGCGUUACAUUGUUUUGUAGGAACAAAGAAGAUUUUUUUUUAAUUACUUUGGUUCUUAUUUUCAAAGGCUCCUUUGUUCAACGCAGGCCACCUUUAUCAAUGGAACACAAUCAGUUGCCAUUUCCUGCAUGCAGUCAGACUCCAGUUGAAACUUCUCAGACACAAAGUCAUCAUCCUCGGAAGGCUUCUCCUGCAGACAUGUUUGAUGUGAAAGCCUGUCAGAGGAAACUUGCAGAGCAUUAUCAAAAAACAACCAAGGUGCCCACCACUGCUUGGUCCUCAGUAUUACAGGUGGAGCUUGAGAAGAUCUACACUCGACUGUCCUGGGUGAAACAAGAACAAACCACAGCUGGGUCAUCACAAAAGAAGCUGAGCCAUUACACUGAAAUGUUCACUGAGAAGACAAAGAACGGAGUUGUAGCAAAGAGAAUUCUCGUGAAAGGAGAGAUUGGAAUUGGAAAAACGACUUUCGUUAAGAAGCUGCUCGUGGAUUGGUCGAAUCUUGAGGAGGCGAUGAUUGAUAAGGAACGGAAAGAUGCACUGAGGAAGUUUGACCUCGUUCUUGCUGUUAAUCUCAAAGAAGUAUCUAAGUGCCAGACGUUUAAAGAAGUAAUAAGUCGCUCUCGGCUGUUUCCAGAAGACGACGAAAAGUCAGUAGACGAUCUGCUCUGUUACAUUCAUGAGAAUCAAGACAAAAUUUUGCUUGUGUUUGAUGGCUAUGACGAGUACCGCACAGGCAGCGAAGCAGAGGAAAGGUAUGGCAGCAGAAGCAAGUCUCCAAUUUUCGAAAUAUUCCACGGGAAUCGUUUGAGAGACUGUACUGUCUUGGUAACCACUCGAUCUUCAAGAGCAGAUGAGAUACGCGGACCUGCUGACAUGCAAGCCGAGAUCACCGGGUUUAAUAUGCCUGAUCGAGAGGACUUCAUGAGAAAAAUGCUGGAUAGCCAAACUGAGGUGGAUGGUCUGUUGCAUUUCUUAUCGGAUAGUAACAUGGAAGACCUAGCAAGAGUUCCGUUACUGACCCUCUUUUUUUGCUUGCUGUGGAAGAAAGAAAAGCAGAAAUUGAUGGAGCUAACCGAACGUAAAGCUAAAUUGUAUCAAGCAAUUGUGGAACACAUUUUGCGGCACAGCCACCGACGGCACUCCUCUUGUAAGACCUCGAAACUGAAAGGAACGGAUGACGAGAUUCUCGCUGAAAUUGGAAAGGUGGCUUUAGCAGGUCUUCUCAAAGGCGAUCUUGUGUUCGAGUUUGGAGAACUGCCUGAAAAGGUGCGCGGCGAAGAGGGUGUCAUUGUUGGCCUUCUUCAAUUUUCUGAGUACGGACCAAGUCUAGAACCAAUGGAAAUGGUAUCCUUCAUCCACACGAGUAUACAAGAUUACCUAGCGGCGUGGUACCUCAUCUACAGCUGUGUCCCUAAUGGUAAUCUUGGUGAAAUUGAGCAGCACGCCGGCACCUUUGAGAAUUGUGUUGCCUUGGAGAAUGUUUUUCAGUUCGUUUGUGGUUUGUCUGACGAAGGAGCAAUAAAAGUACUUGAACACUUGAAGUCAGUCAGAAUCUCUGACCCAACACUGGAUUUAUCAAAGACGAUACCGGACAUAGAAACCGAGACUGACGUGCCUCUUUGUGACAUUACUUAUAGGCAGCCGAGCUUCAGUAACUUAUUUUAUGAUUCCUUUCGUGAAGUUCAAUCAAAAGCUGAACUCUUAAAUCAUUUUCUUGAUUGCACUGGUGGAGUCAUCAAUGUCACCAGAGAUAGACCGGUUUCUGAACUGAUGCCAAACGUAAACGUCUUGACUAAACUAUCACAUAAUUGUGUUUUCAGUUUCAUUGGGGAAGUCCUUUUAUACCUCGUCACUUCUUAUACAGCUUCUCCAUCUGCGCAUAAAGAAUGCGUUGAAGACUCAGUAUUGUACAAGUCACUUGAUUUUUUCAAUUGUUUGAAGACGCCACUAAGAGUAACUGAGACUUCUGAAGCUCUCACGGUUGAAGAAUUCAUAAGGAAGCUCAGCUUGAAAUGUUUAAACGGCUGCUUGUUUAUUUCCAUCCUCAGUUUCCGUAAUGGUCAGUUUCAGUUUUAUACAACUGAUUUGUUCCUGAGGUGUGAUGUCCAUGCCAGACUAUUUACGGAAUCUACUACGAUUUCUGUUCCAUCUAACGCUGCACGUUUGUGUUCAGAACAGUCAUGCCUGAAAUUGUUACGUUUUCUGCAUUGUCAUAACCUAAGCAGCCAAACAGUGAAAGCUCUUGGUGCAGUCAUUGGAAAUUGUAAGCAUUUGAGUGGCAUUGAAGUUGAGAAGGGUGAUGACUCCAUAUGUUAUUUGUUGGAACAAAUGCGAAACCCCAGUAAGUGCUCUCUG